AUGGAAACCUCUAAUACUCUUGCCGAACCCCGAGCUCCUGUUCCAGCAGGCAGCGAGGUUGCUGCCUUGGAGCGUUCGGACGAGAUCACCGACCUCAACCCCGUCGUCCGCCAAGUUGACGUUGUAGAAGAAAAGGCUCUGGGAGACACAAACGAGCGAGUUGUCAAGGUCGUUGUCAGGGAUUUCCAAGGCCAAGAUCGAGGAACUAUUGGCAGCACCCCGGAACUUAUCCCUAACUUCGGCCCAGACUAUAUUCCUCCUAGCUUCAAUCACAUACGAGCUUGGGAUCUGGACGGGGUUGACCAUAUGAUGGACGAAUUCGACGGCAAGGUCAAGCUCGUUACGAAUGUUGCUUCGUUGUGCACCACUACAAGGACGAACUACGAUGAGAUGCGACAGCUCUAUGAUAGAUUCUUGCCGCAGGGGUUCGAGAUACUGGGAUUUCCGUGCCAGCAAUUCAAAGGUCAAGAGUACGAUCGUCAUGAAGAUAUCAAGGCAUUUCUCGCUAACUACAACGUCGCCUUCCCCGUUUUCGAAAAGACCAUAGUGAAUGGGCCAGAGACUCAUCCAGUAUUCCGCUAUUGCAAAUGGAACAGCGAAGAGCUCUACCGGGACGGCGAUCUGGGCGAUAUAUCGUGGAACUUCGGAAAAUUUUUGCUCGACCGAGAUAACAGAGUGUACAAAUAUUAUGCACCCGAGGUCAACCCUCUUCAGAUGGUCGAAGACAUCAAGAAAUUGUUGAGAGGUGAGCUCAAAGGAAACAUACGUGGCCCAGAUGGGAAGAUCCACAAGGAGCCUCCAGCUGUGAAUCAGGAAGAUCAGACGCACUGGUCGUAA